AUGGAUCCCGGGCAGCAGCCGCCGCCUCAGCCGGCCCCCCAGGGCCAAGGACAGCCGCCCGCGCAGCCCCCACAAGGGCAGGGCCCGCCGUCCGGGCCCGGGCAGCCCGCACCCCCGGGGUCCCAGGCGGCGCCGCAGGCCCCCCCGGCCGGACACCAAAUCGUGCACGUCCGAGGGGACUCGGAGACCGACCUGGAGGCGCUUUUCAACGCCGUCAUGAACCCCAAGACGGCCAACGUGCCCCAGACUGUACCCAUGAGGCUCCGGAAGCUGCCCGACUCCUUCUUCAAGCCGCCGGAGCCCAAAUCCCACUCCCGACAGGCCAGUACUGAUGCAGGCACUGCAGGGGCCCUGACUCCACAGCAUGUUCGAGCUCAUUCCUCUCCAGCUUCAUUGCAGCUGGGAGCGGUGUCUCCUGGGACACUGACCCCCACUGGAGUAGUCUCUGGCCCAGCAGCUACACCCACUGCUCAACACCUUCGACAGUCUUCUUUUGAAAUACCUGAUGAUGUACCUCUGCCAGCAGGCUGGGAGAUGGCGAAGACAUCUUCUGGUCAGAGAUACUUCUUAAAUCACAUCGAUCAGACAACAACAUGGCAGGACCCCAGGAAGGCUAUGCUCUCCCAGAUGAAUGUUACAGCCCCUACCAGCCCGCCAGUGCAGCAGAAUAUGAUGAACUCAGCCUCAGGUACUCUUCCUGAUGGAUGGGAACAAGCCAUGACUCAGGAUGGAGAAAUUUACUAUAUAAACCAUAAGAACAAGACCACCUCUUGGCUAGACCCAAGGCUUGACCCUCGUUUUGGUAAAGCCAUGAACCAGAGAAUCAGUCAAAGUGCUCCAGUGAAACAGCCACCACCCCUGGCUCCCCAGAGCCCUCAGGGAGGAGUCAUGGGUGGUGGCAACUCCAACCAGCAGCAACAGAUGCGGCUGCAGCAACUACAGAUGGAGAAAGAGAGACUGCGACUGAAGCAGCAAGAACUGCUUCGGCAGGUGAGGCCACAGGCAAUGCGGAAUAUCAAUCCCAGCACAGCAAAUUCUCCAAAAUGUCAGGAAUUAGCUCUCCGGAGCCAAUUACCAACACUGGAGCAGGAUGGUGGGACUCAAAAUCCAGUAUCUUCUCCUGGGAUGUCUCAGGAAUUGAGAACAAUGACGACCAAUAGCUCAGAUCCCUUUCUGAACAGUGGCACCUAUCACUCUCGAGAUGAGAGUACGGACAGUGGACUGAGCAUGAGCAGCUACAGUGUCCCUCGAACCCCUGAUGACUUCUUGAACAGUGUUGAUGAAAUGGAUACAGGUGAUACUGUCAACCAAAGCACCCUGCCUUCACAGCAGAAUCGUUUCCCAGACUACCUUGAAGCCAUUCCUGGGACAAAUGUGGACCUUGGAACACUGGAGGGAGAUGGAAUGAACAUAGAAGGAGAGGAGUUGAUGCCAAGUCUGCAGGAAGCUUUGAGUUCUGACAUCCUUAAUGACAUGGAGUCUGUUUUGGCUGCCACCAAGCUAGAUAAAGAAAGCUUCCUUACAUGGUUAUAGAGCCCUCAGGUAGACUGAAUUUAAAAUCUGUGAAGGAUCUAAAGAGAUAAGACACACACACCAGAAAUUUCCAAAUAAGCCAGUUGCAAUCUUCUGGCUGAUACAGAGAAAAUGAACAAACGUCCAGCAAGAUUCUUUCAUCCACUAUUUUGCUCUUCCUUGUCCAUUGCUGCUGUUAAUAUAUUGCUGACCUCUUUCAUAGUUGGCCCUAAAGAAUCACACACAAAAAAAACUUUUUGUUUCUUUUGCUAAUAUAACUACUGUUUGUUUUGGGGGCUGGGGGAAGUGAGCCUGUUUGGAUGAUGGAUGCCAUUCCUUUUGCCCAGUUAGAUGUUCACCAUCAUUUUAACUGAGUAGUCAAACGUGGAAGUCAGAUGCUUCAUGUCACAGCAUUUAGUUUGUUUAAGCAAUUAUUUCUUCAGCUUUCUUUGGCCAGUGGAAAACAUGACUUACUGGUUUGACAAACCAGAAAUGUUGUGUCUGAUACUAAGUACUUAAUGCUGGUUUGGAGAGAGAGCUGAAACCAAGGCUGAAGACUGUUUGACUUUCAGUGUUUUGUUUUGUUUUUUUCCCUCCUAGUGCUACAUCAUUAGUCACAUAGUGACCUUGAUUUUAUUUUAGGGGCUUAUAAGGCAUGAGACAAUUUCCAUAGAAAUAUAUUGAUUAUUGUCACAUACUCUAGUAUAGGUUUUGGUGGGUUUUAUUGUGGGUUCGUUUUGUUUUGCUUGGUUGGGAUUUUUUUUGUUUUUUUGUGUUUGUUUUUUUCCUGGAAUCGAGGCAAAUUACCAUAGUAGUGAAUCUGUUUAUAAGUGUAGCUGGGAUGGUUAUUGUAGUUUCUUUGGUAAAAUCUACAUUUCCUGAUUUUUUUUUUUUACCUUCUUAUUUAAAUCUUGAUUAUCUGCGCUCUCUCUCUCUAUAUAUAUACCCUGACACACUUAUAAUGUUUAUAUGAUAGUGUGAUAGCAGAAUGUAUUUUUUUUUUUAGGUUUCCCUACUUUCCAAUGUAUUUUAAAAUGGUAGCUUUGAAUGUGUGCAUUUAGAAUACAUAGCUAAUAGUUUAUACUUCACAGGUAGUUCAGAUCUGGUUGGGGCAGUCUACAGAUGUUUGAGGAAGUUUAGUGUUCUAGAAAGGGCUGUUGUUAUGGGUAAUGCCUAAAGGAGUAAUAUUAUCUGAUGAAUUUGAAAGAAGUAAACAAGAAAUGGCUUUAUUUUCCCCUUGUUACUCCCUUGGACUAAUUUUAAGUCUUGAUGGGAAAUCACUGGGUAGGUUCAUAAUGUGUGACAGAAGUAAGCUGUAUGUGGUCAUUCACCUUCCUUUAGCUUUGGAAGUUUUACCUUCCCCUUAGUUUUGGAAGUAAAUUCUAGUAUUUUAGUUGUCAUUUGUUAAUGAGCAUAUUAAAGACUACAUUGACAUAUUGCCUACAAGACUGUUCUUACUUAUCAGACUUGCUCCUACUUCUGUAUGCUGAGAAUUGACCCUGGACAGUGUAAUACUGUAAGGUCAUAUGUUAGCUGGUAAAGUGAUCAGAUUAAUAAAUGUAUAUUGGUAGUUGACUUUAGCAAAGAAAUAGAGAUAAUCAUGAUUAUACUUUUAUUUUUACAGGAAGAGAUAUAACUAGAGUAUGUGUCGACAGGAGUAAUAAUGGUUUCCAAAGAGUAUUUUUUAAAGGAAAAAAAAAAGAGCAUGAAUCAACUCUUUAGUAUAAGCUAUGAAGUAAUAGUUGGUUGUGAAUUAUAGUGGCACCAGCUGGCACCUCUGUGAUUAAGGGUCUUUCAGUGUUUCUAGAGUAAGCCCUUAUUUUCAAGGGUUUAUAACAGGCAUAAAAUAUCUUUUCCUGGCUGAAACUGUGAUGAAAAGCCUAGGAAGAUAGAUUUUUUGUUUGUUUUUUCUAAUUUCAAAAUGUAAGUAUUUUGACCCUUCAUUUUAGAGGAGUACAAAAAUUGGAGGUAAGAAGUUUUAUAUUAAGUGUUUUCAGUGCUCAAAAAAUGCAAUCACUGUGUUGUAUAUAAUGAUUCAUAGGUCAGUCGCUCAUAAUUGACUGUAAGGCUUUUUAUUAAGAAAACAGCAAAAAGAUUAAAUCUUGAAAUAAGUCUGGGGGAAAAUGGCCACUGUGCAGAUGCAUUGAUUUUUUUU